AACGCGCGCGAGCGGGACCGCACCAACAGCGUGAACACGGCCUUCACGGCGCUGCGCACGCUCAUCCCCACCGAGCCGGCCGACCGCAAGCUCUCCAAGAUCGAGACGCUGCGCCUGGCCUCCAGCUACAUCUCGCACCUGGGCAACGUGCUGCUGGUGGGCGAGGCCUGCGGCGACGGGCAGCCGUGCCACUCGGGGCCCGCCUUCUACCACCCCGCGCGCGCAGGCAGCCCCCCGCCGCCGCCGCCGCCGCCGCGGGACAGCGAGAACGCGCAGCCCAAGCAGAUCUGCACCUUCUGCCUGAGCAACCAGAGGAAGCUGAGCAAGGACCGGGACAGAAAGAUGGCGAUUCGUAGCUAG